AUGUACAUUGUCACGCGCCUGGGCCUAUCCCAGCGUGGCCCCCUUUCUGUUUCUUAGCUUCCUUCUCAUCACUUCUGUUCGACUCUCAACCUCUCCUGACAGUAGUGGUGAUCGUCUCAUACGAUGCGCCCCCGCCCGAGGACCUAUUGGGUGGUAAUGGCGCGAGUGAUUCAUCACUCAACACGCAAACGUGUGAAGCGGUCACUGGAGGAACUGUGAAUCCUCCAGCUUGGUCGCCCGAGGCAACUCAGGUCCGGUUGGACCAUGAGAAGCUGAUGAAGAAGACCUUCCAAGUGCUCGGGAUUGUUCCCUCCAGCAAGUCGACCUGCCGACUGAUGGUCCUGAUGCACGACGCCUCGACGCCGCCUUCGCAGGCGCCAGCGCUCGCACGAGCCGCCCAAAGAGCGGUGCGAAACGACGCAGCCCCGGCCUCCAAUGUGAUUCGAGUCAUUAUGGAUGGUCCUGUACAGACCGCGCUGCGCAAGCACUUUGGAUUGGCCGAGACGCCGUUCAUGUUCGCGCGGCCCGAGGGCGUCGUGCUUGACCCCGAGGUCGAGAAGCUUUUCUCAAAAUGCGUGAAGCUGAACCCGAUUGUGACGAAAGCCACGAAGAGGUUCCCGAUCGCUCGUCACAUGUACGAGCUUGUAUUCGAAUCCGAGCAAGCUUGUCUUGAAGCCGCUUCAGCGGGCCCAUUCCCCUACCACGGCAAGGAGAUGGUUACCGAGCUCCCCAGCGCCUCUCCCCUUAACCACGUCGUGCAGGUGCGAUUCACCUUGCCCUCCUCCUCCAGCGCGAUCCCCGCUUCCGUGCUCCAAAAAUCUCUCGAUGAUGCUAUCACCCUUUCGUUCGGCCGCGCAGGUCGCACGCAAGGUUAUACCCUGAUGCAAUUACAGCGGGGCCUCGCGGUCGAUCCGAAUGGCGAUCCGAUGGCCAUGACCGAAGACGGGUUCCACUGCGCGUACCUUUGCUUACAUGCUGAUCUUUUCCAAGGCUCCAUCGAGACGCAGAAGGGUGCGCUCAACGCCGCUUUGCCACAAGAGAUCGAGAUCCUGGGCGCCAAGUACGGCUUGUGACAUGAAUUCGAGAUGCACUACUGCGCGGUGUGCGAUCGCGCCGGACACCAGUGGGGCGCUUGCAGGAAGCCGGUUUCGACUCCGGCCACCGCCGCCCCUGUUCCGGGGGCCUCGACCUCGACUUCGACUUCGACCAUCGGCUUCCGAGUUGCUGGAAAGAAUGGGAAGCACGGUGGGCCUGCCGCAUUGAACUCUCGUGUCUCUGGCACGAACAUGAUCCAGCUGGGACCUCGUGCUAACCCCGCAGGUGCAGUAACCGCCAACAAGGACGAUGCGAACGACGGCGACGACGAGUCGGUCGUUUCGACCGAACCGGAGGGCGGCGACACUGGGGAAGAGACGUCGACGCGUGCGACCCUGGGCUCAACAAAGGAGACGCAGACGACGACGGCGGCACCCGUUUCGACCCCGACCUCUCCUUCGCCUUUGUCCGGUGGCACGUCGGGAUCAUCGGCAACCUCGACAACCUCGAUAGCCUCGACGAGUCCUCGACGCCUUCGUUCGAGCUCGGCACCCGGCAACCGACGUGUCACCCGGGCGGGAUCCGCCAUGAUCCUCGGUGCAUCAGGGGGUGAUUGA